UGGAUGUGGCCGCUCCUCCUCGCACCAAGGACGCAGACAUUCCCUCCUCCUUCUUCUUCUUCUCCUCCUUCUUCUUCUCUCUGGUCGUUGACUCGAACCUUUGAAUUUUCGGCAGCCUUCAUGAAAUAGCCUGUCAAGUCGUAGCAGGAUAACAGAGACAAGAUGAUUUCGCCGUGGGACCGGUGGUAUUCGACGAGCUGCUGCCUCUGCUGCCAUGUCCGCACGGGCACCAUCAUUCUGGGAAUAUGGUACAUGCUCAUCAAUGCAGUGGUCCUACUCAUCUUGUUGUCGGCACUCAACGACCCAAUUCAGUACCGCUACCACCUUACCAGCUCUGAGCUGGGAACUGACAUCGAUGUCAUGGACGAUGCAAAUAUCUGCAUAGCUACUGCAAUAUCCCUACUCAUGAUUCUCAUAUGUGGCAUGGCAACGUACGGUGCUUACAAGCAACAUGCUGCUUGGAUCAUUCCAUUCUUCUGCUACCAAAUCUUCGACUUUGCCCUUAACACACUGGUAGCCAUUAGCGUGGUGGUUUAUCCCAACACAGUGCAGGACUACCUCCAGCAGCUGCCGGGGACAUUCCCUUACAAAGAGGACAUCAUGUCCACCAACAACAUGUGCCUAGUUUUUGCAGUCCUCGUCUUCAUUGGCUGUAUCCUCUCCUUCAAGGCCUAUCUGAUUGGCUGUGUGUGGAACUGCUACAGAUAUGUGAGCGGCAGGGGCACCACGGAGGUCCUGGUUUAUGUCACCACGAACGACACCACGGUUCUGCUGCCACCGUAUGAAGAAGCCAUUGCCAUUCCGCCCAAGGAGCCUCCUCCCCAGUAUAUGGAGGCAUGAGUGAAGUCCUCGCCGCUGGACCCUUCACCCCCACAACCCCUCCAAACACCCAUCACAUCUCUCUCCGACAGUAGGACCCUGGAACAUGUUGUAAAACCAAGGAGAAACAAUGUCUUAGAUGCUGGUUUCAGCUUGGAUUCCUGCCAAUUGUAGAUUAGUGACGCUGAGCCAGUAUCGCCAUCGACUGUGCCCCGCCCUCCACCACCCUACCUGUUGUGACGUUUUGUCCUCCCCUCUAUUCUCCUCUGUCCUCUCCCAAGGACAGUGACUUCAAGACCAACAGCUCCCCCUGAUCAUCACCCACCCUCCCCUCCCUCCCUCUUGGCAGCUGCUAACUGGCAGCAUCGAAACUCUUGCACGCCCCUGAACACUCUGUCCCAACCUAAUUUGCACUUUUCGUUGAGUGAAACGUGCACCCACCGGUCUUGGCCACCAACUGUUAACCCCCGAUACUGUGAAUCUCCCUCGUGGUCUUUGUAUAGAAACAAACUACCUGAAGAGAGAUGGUGCAGAGAGAGAGAGAGAGCACGAGAAGGAAAGCGACAUACAUGAUCAGUUAUGCAAGAGCACUUUUUUCAGAAAUUGACAAAUUUCCUUCAUUGAAUGUAAUGUUGGGGUAUUUUUGUAAGACUUUUUUUGUAUAACAGUGAAAACGGAGAGAAAAAGAAGUGAGUAGCGAAAGGCUGUCUGUCCUGUUGUGGUUAAAAUAUCAUCUGUGUACUGAUGUAGUUUGUCCUGCAGGACAUCGUAUUGGAAAAGGUUCCUCGACCAAUAACGACGUCUUCCUUUCGUACCCAUGUAACACGCUUUUCUGUAAAAAUCUGUAGCCCAUCGACUGCCAGUGAAAACCUCGUUCACCUGAAUUCAGUCACGAUCUAUUCCAGUUUGCCUUCCUGCCUGUUUUUGUGUACUUCUCCGAGAUCUCAAGAUUUAAUGGAAACCCUCACAGACAUAAAUACAUACAUUGACACAUUCACAUCCAAAAAGAGGCAAUACACCUGAAAAAGAAGUGUGUGAACAUUCAUGUGUGAACAUUCAUGUGUGAACAUGUGUCCUUGCAGCAUUGACUGUGUCUUUAUUGGUUUGAUUAUUGAUUUGAUUAUGGUCUGUAAUCGGAUCUUUGAGUUGAACUUAGCUGGACUGAGGGCAUUUUCCUAUAAAGACGGCGUGACGUGCUGCUGUACAUGCAGAGACUGUGUGCGUGUGUAUGUUAAAAUGUGUGCGCUUGCCUGCGAGCUGUAUGUGGCUUUAUGAUGUAACUCCCUUCAUAUGUAGUAACACAUUUUUUGCACAUGCAGUGAUAUCAUGUUGAGUCCAUCCUGUGCUGGUGAUGAUGGAUGGGGAUCUAAAGCAUUGAUUUAGCAUUGCAUAGUAGCACAAAAUCUAUUCACACUAUAUGGAGCUAGUCAACAGCGCAAAUGCUUUGCCUGGAACAAUUUAGGCAAUCAGUCGAGUAUUAUUAGAAAUAAGAAUGGAACCAAUAAUAGCCAUGUUCUUUCCAAUAAUUCCCAAGUAGUUUGUUACAGAAAAAAUAAGUAACUAUGCAAUAGUGCAUUUAAUAACAUGUUAGAGCUGGAAAUACAUGUACCAUGAAGUAGUUUUCUUAGAUACUAAUACUGUAGGUGGUAAUGUAGCCCUCUGUUGGCCCCUUCAUGAGUGUCCCUGUGUGAAUUAUGACUUCUGCAAAUCCAACAAAGCUGAAAAAUAAAAUUGCACUUUAAAGUCAGCGUGAGCUCACCACAAACAGACAUGUUUGUGUUUUCCCAGCUAAGUGGUUCUAAUACGAAAUCAGCGGCCCCCCCGUGUCUGGACGAUACAAGCUUCCAAAACAUUUUUUUUUAUUUACACUGUCUGAUGUGGCUGAAAAGCUGCAGAGCUUUGACAGAUUUGAUUGGAGUCAUGUCGAGUUUAGAGGAAAAAUGGAAAAGGCUUUCAUCUGGACUAGCGGAUGGUUGAUGCCUCAUUUUUAUUAGAAUCGCUCAGACUGUUGUCCAUCUUUUUUCCACUCAAACACCUCUUGUUGGAUCUGGAUGAGCUCAUGUCUUCAACUCUGAAUAAUAAAAAGCAAAAUUA